AUGGACGUCGUUCUCGAGGUCGUCGACACCUUCGUCGGCGACAAGCUCUACGCUGCUCUCUUGCCCGCGCACGCCGCUCCGUACGACUUCCCCCACCAUCCCUCUGCCAACGCCACGGCGCAACCGCUCUCGACAUGGCAGUACAAGCCUCGACGCACAUGCUCUACCUCGAGCCCUCCGAAGCGGCAUACUUGA